UGAAAAACUAUAAACAAAACCCUUGUUACAUUGCCCACACUUAGGAGUUAGGGGCUGUUCGUUGCAAUAUUACACUAUUUCGUAAUUAAAUAUGUAAGUGUGUUUGGUUCUCACAGUUUAAUUGUAAAUAGAUAAUUAUGUAUUAAUUAUUUAUAUUUAACCUGCUCUAAUUAAACUUAAUCUUAAUUCUCAACAAUAAGUAUAGUAGUUCUCAUCCGAUCUGAAUUUAUUGAAUUUGUUGUUGGAUUGAAAAAAUCGAGGGGAUCGAUGGGGGCGCUGAUGUCGAAGAUGUGGUUUAUGUUGUUUCCGGCGAAAGAGUACAAGAUCGUGGUGGUGGGGCUGGACAACGCCGGCAAAACGACGACGCUUUACAAGCUCCAUUUGGGGGAGGUCGUCACCACGCAUCCAACUGUCGGUAGCAACGUUGAAGAGGUUGUCUACAAAAAUAUUCGAUUUGAGGUAUGGGAUCUUGGUGGGCAAGAUAGGCUUAGGACGUCGUGGACAACUUAUUAUCGUGGGACUCAUGCGGUUAUAGUAGUGAUAGACAGCACUGAUAGAGCUAGGAUCUCCAUAAUGAAAGACGAGCUAUUUGGGCUGCUUCCAAACGAGGAUCUCCAGAGUGCAGUAGUGCUCGUAUAUGCAAACAAGCAGGAUCUGAAGGACGCCAUGACCCCUGCUGAGAUAACCGAUGCUUUAUCCCUUCACAGUAUCAAGAAUCACGACUGGCACAUCCAAGCCUGCAGUGCACUAACUGGCGAAGGCCUAUACGAUGGUUUGGGGUGGAUUGCACAACGAGUCGCUGGAAAAGCAACGAGCUAGAAGCACUCAAAUCAUCCGAUGUACCUUCUAAUUCACUACAACUGAAUACACCUAUCCCCAGUGUUUUUUUAUGUGUUUCUCAAAGAUCUAAGUUGAUGCUUCAGAUAAUGUUAAAUGAAAAAAGCAUCAUAUUGAUGUUUUUGGUGAAAA